AUGUCAAUAAGCCUGUAUCAAUAUGUCUGCAUAUUUCUGGCUUUGUACCUACUUCGACAGCUAUUAAGGACAAUACUGGCACUUCGCUUUCACUUUCAGUUUAGGCGAAUAGGCUUCUUUUCUAUUUCAGGCAUUCAGUAUCAUCACCAUAGAUCAUCAGAAACAGCAUUAUGGUCAAUAACUGCAGGAAAACUCAAGAUUAGAAUAAGAAGACGACCAAGACUAUCAUCAACUACAGCAUCAGCAUUACCCUUCAUUACCAUUCACGUCACAGACGUACACGUCCAGUUGCAUAGCUUGGCUGCUUUAGCAGAGAGGAAGAAACAGAAAAGACCAGCUAGUCCACUAAACAGACGGAUAUCACGCAUGAGCAGCUCACUCACUCAUAUACCUUGGUGGUAUUCGCUUUCGUUUGUCAAGACAUUCUUAAAGUUUGUCUCUGCUCUACCAGCUCAGUUUUUGAUGGCUGGACUUGCCAACUAUGUUGAUUUUCAAAUGGAUAACUUUACUAUGAGCAUCGAAAAGGACGUACGAUUCCAUGUUCAACACACCAAUUUCAGCUCUGUUUUGUUUGCAGCAGUCAACUUACCUUCACCUUCCAACAAUCGAGGAAAGCGAACGUUAUCACUUCAUGCAAGUCAUCAACGGCAUUCAAUAAAACGUGCUCAACAUCUAUUUAAAGAGAAGUUUCUUGAGAUCGUAAUCAAUACUGGGCCUAUUUCUCUCGUAUCUCUCGGAGCCACAGCAACAACAAGCGAAAUUAUAAGUCUGCCUUCAGGAAUACAUAUUGCCGUAUCAUGUCAUCUUUCUGCAGGAUGCGUUACUUUGAAGGAUGUGGAUGUUAAUGCGAUUAUAGAGACGAUCAAGAUGAAUGCGGACAGUUUACUAAAGAUUAUGAACAACUUCAAACACACGCGCUCAUCAACCGCUUUGGGCGAUCCAACAACAGCAAUAAAAGAAGAUAAACGAUCUAUGCUUGUCAGACUACUUCAUUAUGUUUCGAUAUCAGUAGGGGACACAAUCAUAGAGACAAAUCACCAGGAGGACUGUUCAAGUACACUUUGCAUAAAAGAAGUCUCUGGGAGUGCAACAAUGGAAAAUGACACGAUAGGCAUUGAUCCUUAUAUAAAGAUGCAUUAUACAACGGGUUUAAUGUCUUGGACCAUAACGGAUAAGUCGCUGCCGAUAACAAAAACUCGACAAAUAGAGGUGAUUAUUGUACCAACAGUGACCGUGCAAGUAACCAUGUCUCAAUCAGUCAUGGCCAAGAUGACAUAUGAGAACAUGGAUACACUAUCAACAUCUUUUACCAGUGAUGAGCUGAUUUCCAACAAGAAGUAUAUAAGUGUUUCAGUAAAUGUGAAUCAGCCAAAGGUAUUUUUGGAUAUUUCUAAAAGCGAUACACUGCAAAAGAUAUAUUCAAGUCUUAAACGUGAUAAUGAUACUCUUGAUGUACCAUCACCAGCUUCACCUUCAACCGUCAAGCAUAGCAAGAGACAGUUCAACAAUUUACCUCGUGCCAGUUUGAAUAUUACAGUUGAAUAUCCGUCUGUGUAUUUUCGAUGUGUAGAAAAGAGCGUAGGACUUCUUUCAUGGAGUGAGCUUAGUCUGGACGCUUCCGGUACUUAUAUUGCAGAAAGAAGCAGACCAGCCUCUGUCAUGUCCAGCCUUUCUGAACCAUCAGUGACGUGCGAUUCAACUCUACCAGGUGAGAAUAAAAUAGAGAUAUCUUUGGACUCAAGUAUAGCUCAGCGACUACACUCUCCAACACGGCCAUCAUGGACAAACUUGUUUAGACGAAGUUGGCGUUCAAAGGAAUCAGGUAUCAACUAUCAGCAGAGUAAUGGCGCAGAAUGGAGAUACAGGAUCAAGACAAGACUGGUUAUACAGCAUACUUGCAUCGACACGCUUGCAAAAAAGACAGGAGAUCAGCCAUUGGUGUCAAUCAAGGAUAUUGAACUGCUAUUCAGCACCAAUUCAAAUGUAAGUUUUAUCGACCAAGACGAUACUCAACACCAAGUGCAGGUUCUAUGGGAUCCUUCUGUUCAGCACCAAGAAAUAGAAUUUACCGUAGACAAGCCCAUGUUGAAUCUUUGGUCAAAGACAGAAACAGAGAACAGCCAAUUGGAUUUUUGGAUAAACAACAUAUUUAAAGAGAUUAAGCAAAAGAUUCCAUCAAAAAGUGUUAGUCAACCUCCAAGUAAUAACAACAAUGAUAGAAGGCAACGUUUAUGCAAGCAUCUGUUAACAACAAAAAUUCAGUUUGAACUCAACAGUGCAGUCAUUGUAUUAAAGGGCAUAGAUCAAAGUCUGAAAGGAAAGAGGGAGGUUCCUGCUGGGUAUAUAGAUAAUACUCCAGAAAAGGACGUUGGUGUUUAUUUGACACUUACCUUUGACCGUCUGUUUGCCGUAUUUAUUGGAUCUCAUAUAUCUGAUGCCAAACGCCAAUCACAUAGAUACAGUACUAGUCUUGGAUCCAUCAGCAGUAUACACACGUCCGAUGGAGAAGCAGAUACAGAUCGUGAGGAGCAAAGCCUUGGAUCGUUUCGUUUUUCAGCACAAGAAAUAGCGAUCAAAGACUCGUUUGAAUUGAGCUCAACAGAUUGUCAACUAUUGGAAGAGAAGAAGGAAUCAGUUCUUUUGUGGAUUUCUCACCUCAAUUUGCGAACGAGAAUCAUGAGGUCAAAGCAGAUAAUUAUAGUUGCACCAUCUAUGGUUAUCAAAAAGAUAGGCGUUCAAUACUCUAUUGCCAGUCAUUAUGCUCUCUUGGUUAUCCUGAUUUCAACAAAGCAGAUUGUACGCAACAUCACACAACAGCAAGAUAAGCAUUCUGCAACAAUGGAAAGGAAGCGGUCCGUUUUGCUUCGUAAAUUUCAAUUUCAAGUAAACCGCACUGACUUUCAUGCUGUCAUGCCAGGCGGUGCACAGCUUUAUACGCGUGUAGACGGGUUAAGAACUGAAUGGUCUAGCGAAUUACAGAAGCGUGGAGAGGUACCAUCGACAGCGAUAAGAAACAUCACAGUAUAUGGCGUAUCACCACAAGAAGAAGGACAGUGGGAUCAGCUUUUAGAGAUGGAUGGCGCAUCACUGUCAGUUGAAAAAGACGUGGACACACCUUCCAAAAUACACCAGCUGUCCAUACUUAAAUUUUAUUUGAGAAUACCAUACAAGUAUGAACUCUGCCAUGUCUUGGACGAUACUGUAAACUUGAUCAAGUCAAUUAAGGCAAUGCAUUCUCGACUAUUGAAGGAUAUACCCUUUCUAUUUUUUGGUCCUACUGAAAAGAAAGAGCCCAUGCUGAUACCCAAUAUACAGCUGAAUUGUGAAUUACUUACAUUUCAAUUUGAAGAUGAUCCUUUUGAAGUAAGACUUCGUUCUAUUUGGAAGACGGGUGUCAUUGAACAGACAAACCGCUUGGCGUUGAAUGAUGCAUUUGAUUUGAAGGCAAUGACGUUGACGAAGCAUCAGUCGAAUGAAAACAGUGAAGGGGAUACUGAUGCAGACACUACCAACGAAGACAAUGAUGCAAGAGUCAGUGAAGCCUGGAAAGGCUUGCAGCAACAUAACUCUAGAUCAUGGAAAAAGCACAUUGAUGCAGCUAUUUCAAAGGAAGUAAAUGCAUAUGAACAAAUCCGAGGAGUGGAUUACCGAAGUUCUAUAUUCCCUGAACAAAUGGAUGGCGUUACUGACGAUAGCAUUCAAGGAUACUCUAACAUAUUUCAUAUCAGUAUUGUUAGAUUACCACGUUGCUCGCCUUUACUCGAUCUUACGAUACGCAAUACCUCUUUGCUCUUCCAACAUCCAGAGUUUGAAUUGGAAAAAACACGCGAGUUCAUACAUGAUCUAGGAAAGGGGCAGCCUAUAGAUACCCCCUUGUCCACAUUGAUACCCUUUCAUUUGACAUGGAAAUCUGGAGAAACUUGGGCGCAAAUCCGUGAUUAUCCUAUACCAUUCGUUCUGGUACCUCCAAAUGAUGCUCAAAGCCACGACGAGUACUCUUGGUCGCUUUCAGGAAAUUAUGUAUUGGCUGAUGCUUUAGGCGAUCUUGAUGCUACACGAUCAAUCAAGAUACCCAUCAUAUCAACCUCAAGCAACCAAACUGUAUACAGCAUUAUUAUUCCACGUACGAGUACUCCUCUCAAGUUUUUCUCUGUUGUAAAUAUAAAUGUUCAUACCCCUGGUCUAUCGUAUAUAUGUUGGUGUGUACCUUAUCAGCCCGCCAUCCAAGACAUUACCCGUGUCUUUGAGACGUUUACCAAGCCGCCAGUAGAUCCAUCAGAAAAGGUCGGCUUCUGGGACAAGAUUCGACUUAUCAUACACACACGCACCAAUAUAUCAUUUACUGGAGGGGGAGAUCUUGCGGUUGUCAUGAAAGGUUCAAGAAAUCCAUACGAAAUGAGUGAAAAGGGAUUUGGCCUUGCCAAGGUCUGGAGGAAAAAUGUGAUAUGGCUCAUAGGACAUGAGAACCCAGAAGGCGAUUUUAUGCAAAUCAUCAGUCAUGACUAUGCGUUUGGUGUACCUGAUCUCGUCAACGGUGGAUUUACUGCCCCUUAUAUAUUACCGACACAUAUGGAUAGAUCCCAUGACAGACAAUCCACUACGUCGUCUUUGUCAAGUUCUUUGGAAAUUAAUGACAGAAAGCCAAAAGGAAAAGACUCUUGUUUUGUCAAGAUUGCUCUAAAAAUGUCUGAUGGUAUUCGUAUGGGUCUUGGUUGCCAUUUGGAACGUGCAUGCAACUGUGAUAUCUGUGACGAACAUAAUGAUAUUCCAGCAGAUAUUCGAGAGGCUCACAGACGAACAUUGCUCAAUUUUUUGCCGCACUAUAAAGUAAAGAUGAAAGCAGCAGAUAACGUACAUGAAGAGGACUAUGACGCCUAUAGAGGCUUUAGAUCAGAUUAUAUUCACUUUUCAAUCAGUAUCGUAAAGUUAUCAUCAAAUGAAUCAGAAAAGGAGACCACAAAGGUUGUUGGCAACUCGAUGCACAUAUCGCCUGGUUUUGUCGACCAUUUCGUAUCCUGGGUUCGAUUGUUUGGUGGUGCCAUGGGCUACCCCUUACGAAGUGGGCCUCUAUUUCCUAAGCUAGAUAAAAGGCCUACCAAGAAAUUCGGAAAGCAUAUGAGUACGUUAAAGUACAAGAUUGUCAUCAACCCCUUGACAAUUGGUCUGUUUAUGAAGGAUGAAAAUAUGUCGUUUGAGGAGACAACUGUGCAAGAUCUUGGUGACUGUGUUGGUCUGAAGGGUUUUGUCAGAGGAUUCAGUUUGGACAUUCACCAACGUAGAGAGAUCAUCAACAUCUCAAACUAUAAACUAGACCAGAAACGUUUGAAGGCAAACUGGCCUAUUCAUGAGGCUGAAGUCCAGCUCAAAAAUAUCGAUAUUCGUGUAGUGAAAGCGCAAUAUAUGGCAGAUGAUAAAGAGACUUCGCCUACUGAUAACACUAAUCAGUCGACAGAGUCUUCAGCAGAUGAUUUGCAUGACCUUGGUUGUGAAAACGAUGGAGAUGUUCCUGAUAUGAUGGAAGGCUUAAAUUAUCAGGGCAGUAGUGACCCAGAAUCAUCAGAAUGGGUGGACUUGGAUGAUUUUAUAGAGCUGAAUGUCGUCACGCCUAGCGUUCUUCCUUCUGUACAGGUUUUACCAUUUGCGUACUCGCCUUAUAUAUACUACAUUCGACAAACAAAUAGAGAUGAUGCACAAAGAUACAGAUAUCUUCAUGAAACCCAUGAUUGUAUACUAGGAACUGCAAUCAACACACGCGAGAUGCAAAUAAAGCUGUUGCAAGAUAGAAAGAUGAAUAUUGACAUUCAAAUCAGAAAGCAUCAGGCCCGAUUACAUACAAAUGAGAUGAAGAAGAGACAGCCUGGUGCCGAUGAAAAAGCGCUUGAUGAGCUGUCUGACCAAAUAGUUGAAAAGACGAGAGUUUUAUAUGAGAAACGAGAACUACUUCAACGAUAUAUCAGGGAUAUUUCUACACAAAUGAUGCCUGGUGUUGACCAUAGCAAGGCCACAAAUGGAUACUCCAAUUUAUCUGUAUUUGCAGAAGAUUACUUGAAACAAUGGGAGGAACACUUGGGGUAUUUCAAAGUUCGUUGUAUUGCUCACAACCCUCAAAUCCUUUGGAACAACUCUGUCCGAAAUAUUGUCUAUCACGCUCUCGAUCUUCGCGAACACCGAAGGGCUCUCACAUACUAUACAACAUCGCGUACUGUCAAAUUCUUGAGAGAUUUGAUUGACGCUCACUACACACAACAGAUCCGUCACAGUGACCAUUUUGUACUAGAUAAUGACGAUGGUGGGCUUGACUCAUCAAUGGUACAGGACCUGAUUACAAAGCUUUUGUCUGAGAAGGAUACAAAACUCUAUGCGCCUAAUGAAACUGAAGAAGAGGGAGAGCUUGAGUUUGAUCAGAUAGAUAUGUCUAAAAGCGAAAACAUCAAUAAUCCCGAGAUGCAAGUGAAGAGUAUACCUAGCGACUAUGUUAUGAAGAGUAGCUACUUAAUUGACCUUCUGAAUCCGCAAAUCAGCUUACAAAGUGAUUGUGAUCCUGACAAUAUUGUACUAGCAGCCAAUGAACGAAUUCAAGUCAAAGGUUUCAACAUUAUAGAUGAAAAUGAGCCUGAUGUAGAAAUGGAGUCUAUCAAGCAUAGAACUGUCGCCAGUUUAGAUAACCUACAAUUCUUUGUAGCUAAAAAGGAGCAGUUUGACAGUGUUGAUCUCUUACUAGAUAAUCAUUAUGGAGCUAAAGAGAACGACCACUGGCUUGCAUGGAUACCCCCUGAGAUGUUAGUGAGCUAUGUGAAGACAUCUGAUCAAUUCCAACGUAUCGGAAGUCGCAUCUCGGCUACCUUACAGUAUGAUAAAUACAAUCCUCUCAGACUCAGGACGACCUCGAGUGUGUUUUCACGUAUUCAUCCAUUUGAAGAACGAUGCGAUUCGGUUCAACUCAACUUUCCUCAACUUCAGCUCACGGUUGACUCGUCUCAAUAUAACGCAAUAUACCAGGUUGCUACCGACCUCUUGCUUUAUAAAGAGCCUGCCAAACAAGAACGACUGGCUCGUCUUCGUGAAAUCAUGAUGGCCGCUGACCGAUCCAGUCUUGUUGAAACCACUGAAAAGAUUGUAGAUUUACAAAAUCGAGUACGACAGUUGACUUAUGCGCGUGACCAGUAUCGACAGAAUAUUGCACUUUUGGAUAAUAAGCGAAUGGAGGAAUUCAAAUCUAUAAAGUUGGCGCUAUACGAUACUCUAGAAGAGCUUUAUCUAGGCAUGGAAGCUAUUAAGCUUAUGCAGAGUAAUCAGCGAAAAGAUUUCAAUGAACCCAAGACAAACCUGAAGCUCGUCUGCUCAAUGGAGAAAGUAAUAUGGGAACUGAUCUUGAACAACCAGGUUCCUCUCUGUGAAUGUACAUUAAUUAACGCAAAUUAUAUAUUUAUCAACAAAGAGGAUCACUCGGCUACCAACACAUUCGAAGUUGAUAUUGUUCAAGUGAAAAAUACGUCUCCAUCGCCAGUGUUUGCAGAUGUGCUUGGUCCAUACUUUGAUCCUCGAAAGCCAUAUGAUUUCUCAAGACACAAGAUGCUUCGAUGCUAUGUUGUAACUUUACCUCCUGUAGGCGGUAUUCCUAUUGUUCAGCACUUGGAAACGAACCUUCAUCCUUUACGAGUUCAAAUGACGUAUAACUUUGGUAAAGCCUUGGCAUAUUAUCUUUUUCCACCAGAGAAACGGCAAAAGCAACAACAACAACAACAGCAGCAGCAGCAGCCUGAACCAUCCAGUACAUUACCAUCUACUUCUUCUGCGCCUGCUAUGACAGGCAGUGAUUCCAGCAUCCAAUAUGAGAUUCCUCAGUUAGCCGCUUCAUCAAUUACUCUGCCAGUAACAGCGAAUGAUAAAGAUACGGUGAAAACAAUGUCAUCUUCCAAGAGUACAGAAAGUGCCCCAGCAGUAAUAUCAAAUAGUGAUGACCAUCCUGCACCAACGCGAGAUGAUAGUGAGUUGAGUAUUUCAACAGAGAACAUGGGUACCACAAGCAAACAAUCCAAAAAGCAGAAAAAGCAACAAUUGCAAAAGGAGACGAAAUCCAAGGCAUCAGAUGAUCUUAUGGUCAUGAAAAAGCGUGCUUCAAGUAAUCGUACAUUUAUUCUUGUUAAAAUCCCAGGCACAAGGCACUGUCUAAGCUAUCAAGGACCUAAAGAAAAGAAUAUUGAGGACUUGAGAGACUUUGCGUUUGAACAGCCUACUCUUGAAUUCCGUAACCAAACAUGGUCCUGGUUUGAGCUGAUGUCAAAUAUUAAGAGAGACUUUAUGAAGGCUGCUUUACGACAUAAUAGCACUGCUUUACUAAGAGAGAAGCUAUUACGACGUCAUCCUCGUGAAUUUGGUGCCCACUCUGAUAUCUCAAUUCAAAGUUCGUCUGUGAAUGGAUCAAAAUACUUUGUGCCACAGCCAACAAGAAUAAAAGAUGAUGAUGAAAAUAAGAGUCAUUUUGAUAAUUCUGGGGCAUCAUCAGAUGAAGAUGAGGAGGUUGAUACCGUAUCAUUGCACUCGGGAAAUUCCCACGAAAUGUGGGAGACAGAAGCUUCUGAACCAAGACAUACGCAUAUUUGGUCAAGACUGAAAAAGUCAAAAAAGUCAUCCCCUAGUUCUAGCGAUGUCAAUGAGAAACGAUCUACAUUGGAUACCAAUCGUCGUCUGUCUACCGAAUCGCGUGAUGCAAUGUUCAAGAGCUCGUCAACACUCCUGACUCGUACAUUAUCAAAUUCGACACAACGGGAAGAUGAACAGCUUAUUGUGAAAGGCAAACAUCUGCUUGGAAAAUACUACAAUGGACCAACGCAAUGGACUGGUACAAGACUUAAAGGCAGAUCAGCGUUUAUAUCAAAUUUGAAAAAAUAG